UAUAUGUCCAUAUAAUGAAAUAUUAUUCAGCCAUAAAAAGGAAUAAAGUGAUGACACAUGCCACAACGUGAAUGACCCUUCAAAACAUUAUGUUAAGCAAAAGAAGCCAGACAUAAAAGCCCACAUAGUGUAUGAUUCCAUUUGUAUGAAAAUGGUUAGGUGUUUCUCUUUCCUUGAGCGUGAGAAGAAUAGGCAAAACCAUAGAGACAGGAAGUAGAUUAGUGGUUGCCGGGGAGUGGGGGAGGGCAAGCGGAAUUUACUGCUAACAGGUGUAAGGUUCUUCUUGAGGUGAUGGAAAUAUUCUGGAAUUGGAUAGUGAUGAUGGCUGUGCAACACUGUUAAUAUUCUAAAAACCACUGAAUUGUAUACCAUGAAAUUAUUAAAAUGGUGAAAUUUACCUCAGUUUUUAAAAAAUAAUAAUAGCCAUGCAUAACUAGUUCGUUAAGCAAAUCAAACUUUUGGUAAAAUCAAAAUGCAACUUUUUGUUGUUGUUGUCGUUGUAUCCUGCCCUUUAGAAUCUCUUCCAAAUCCCAAAUUACCUGCAUUUAUGCUUGGUGGGACCCAGGGGGCCCAAAUGACCCUUGAGUUGUAGGCCCUACACGCCUGUGGAGACAGUCUGGGUGACCAGCUAAUUUCUGUGUGAACAGUGAUGCAGCCAGAUUCUAACAUGAGAUGUUGGGUGGGAGUAGAGAGGUUGGGGGUGGAUCAAGCCAGCAAGCCACUGGGUGAUGGGAAGAGGAGGAAGUAGUGAAGACUUUCCCAGAUUUGGGGGAGAAGAAAGAGAAGCACCAUUUCUGCUUCAAGACGCAUGUGAAGAGGUGUAGAUUCAGAUGCUCCCAGCGUCCUUGCCACCUGGUCCAGAUGGAGUCCUCAGGCAUCACAGAGUUCACCACCCCCUUCGAUUAUGAGUCCAUAAGCUUUCUGUGUGAGAGCAAGACCUUUGUCUUUGCUACCCUCACCACCACCAUCCUAUACUGCCUGGUGUUCCUCCUGAGUCUUGUGGGCAAUGGCCUGGUGUUGUGGGUCCUGGUGAAGUAUGAGAGCCUGGAGUCUCUCACCAAUGUCUUUAUCCUCAACCUGUGCCUCUCAGACCUGGUUUUCUCGUGCCUGUUGCCCGUGUGGAUUUCGGCGUACUACUGGGGCUGGGUGCUGGGAGACUUCCUCUGCAAGCUUCUCAAUUUGCUCUUCUCCGUCAGCCUCUAUAGUAGCAUCAUCUUCCUGACCAUCAUGACCAUCCACCGCUACCUGUCUGUGGUGAGCCCGCUCUCAACCCUGCGCAUCCACACCCUUCGUUGUCGUGUGCUGGUGACUACAGCCAUAUGGGCAGCCAGCAUCUUGUCUUCCAUCCCCGAUGCCAUCUCCCACCACGUGAUCUCUGGGCACUGUGAUUAUUCAGAACUCAAAUGGUUCCUAGUCUCAGUUUACCAGCACAACAUCUUCUUUCUGCUCUCCUUGGGGAUUAUCCUGUUCUGCUAUGUGGAGAUUCUCAGAACCUUGCUGUGCUCACGAUCCAAACGGCACCACAGGACGGUCAGGCUCAUCUUCACCAUCGUGGUGGCAUACUUCCUCAGCUGGGCUCCGUACAACCUGAUUUUGUUUCUGAAGACACUGUGGCGUCUCGGGAUCAUCCAGAGCUGCGAGGUCAGUCAGCAGCUGGAGUAUGCUGUGCACAUCUGUGGCAAGGUUGCUUUCUCCCACUGCUGCUUCAACCCAGUGCUGUAUGUCUUUGUCGGGAUCAAGUUCCGCAGGCACCUCAAAAGUCUGCUUCGGCGGUUCUGGCUCUGCAGGCAGCAGGCGCCCAGCUCUUCCCCUACCCCACACUCCCAAGGGGCCUUCAACUAUGAGGGUGCCUCUUUCUAUUGAAAGCAAGUUUGGUGGUAUAGGCAAGACGGACAGUGGACCUGGAGUGGGAGUAAGGAGAAGUGAGGCAGGAAGGAGUACUGUAGAAGAGCACAACAGUGGGGAUGCUGCCACUGCAGAGGUGAGGGUGAAAGAAAUACUUUAUACAAGCAAGUCCUACAUAUCCCCUCAUCUGAGGAAAAGUGGCUUCCCAGCUGGGAAUUUUAUAUUGCUAUCCAGAAAAACAUUUCUUGGAUUCUGAGUUCAUCACUCAUUCCUUCAUUGAUUCACUCACUUAGACAUGGAUUUCUUAUCAUUGGUUGGUUCAGAAGGUACUAAAACACGGAAGGAUUCCCAGAAAGGGGCAUCUUUCAAGGCUUUAUGAAGGGCUGAAGGUCAGAGUGUAUGAUAAUUAUGCCAAUGCAAUUUGCUGGCAAGAUGGUCUCUCCCUUCCCUCACCAAAGGAUUGUCCCAACUGAUCAGUUCACUGUGGAGGCGGCUGGCUCUGUAUUCUUCAGUGACUGCUGGAUGGAACUGUCUGCAGAACAAAAGUCACCACACUCUCCAAGAGCCACAGUCACAACAAAAUCUGGCUCCUAAAAACCCACCACUAGAUUAGAGACAUGUUCUAUACGGUAGCUCAAGUUCCUGGCACAUAUUCAAAAUAUUCAAUAAAUAUUUUAUUGAAGGAAUAAAUAUAAUAAGUGCUACCCUCUGCACUAAACAUUUGUUUGUAGGAUACAACGAUAAGUGAGAUGAGCUCCCACCCUCAAGGUGCCAACAGUCCAAGUUUGAAGGUCCAUAUAUGUAAAUACCCACCUCGGUGAGGUCUUGUACGUUGGAGAUUCCUCCAACACCUUGUCCUUUCCAUGUAGAUAUUGAGCUGACACUUCAUAUUCAUCACUUUCCAUCGAAAAUGUCCUUCUUUUGCUUGGUUGGUGGCACCAGCUUCCCCCUAGCCACUCACCUUUCAAACCUAAGCCAUCUUUGAGUCCUGCAUCUUCUUUACUUCCACUCCCACGGUCAGGUCCUAUUGGCUCUGCCUGCCAGUGUCUCUGAGUUAUUCCUGCCAUUCCACACCUACAGCUUCAUCCUUGAAUCAGGGCCUCACUUCUGUAGUCUCCUUGCUGUCCCUCUCUUUUCCCACCAGGCUGUCCUCUGCACUGACACCAGGCUGCUUCAAAACCUUGAGUAGCUCUUCACUGCAUACAAAUAAAGUCCAAAUACUUUGGCAAGGAUUUCAAACCCUCUGCAAUCUAGUGCCAACUAACCUUUCCACCCUUAUUCUGAACUAAGUAUCCCUCCCCUAAGAACCUUGGGAUCCAGACAUAAAAUACCAUUGGCUCCUUUGCAGGCACCUUUUUCCCCAAUCUUCUGCCUCUGAGCCUUUCUCAUACUUCUCCCCAGUCUACAAGCCCCAGAUGAAAGACCAGCUCCUCCAGGAAGCUCUCCCUGACCUGCAAAUCUAAAAGACUCUAUGACUUUCCAGGGCACUCUUUUUGUCCCCCUCUAAUAUGUUGGUAUUUGUCAUGCUUCACCUUGCAUUGUAGUUAUAUACCUGCAUGUCUUAUCUCCCUGCCUCAUCAGACUGCAAGCCAACUGAGUAUAGGAGCCUGGGUUUGAUCCCUGUCAAGCAUGGAUCCUGGGGUUCUAUUACUGUGUGCUGAGUGUGAUCAAAGAAUCCCAGCCAUCCUUAUACUUCCAAUUUAUGCUUUUAGAGAACCUUGUUGUGGGGCAUAUUUUGCCUUCCUUGCCCAGGCUGCUUCUCUAUGGAUACUGACCUUUCUUCCCUAGUCCACACUCUCAGAGUAUGCUGCUUAUGCCUGUCUGUGGCAAUGACUAUGCUUGACCUUCCAUUCUAGUUAGUGGUACACGUGCCUCCCUCUUACACAGGCAUAUAGGUUCACACCUAUGGUUGUAGAUAUAUAAGCCACCCUCUAAACUUUGUGAUAAUGGACUCAAACAUACCAACGGUCAUGGAGAUGGCACAAGACUGAGCAACGUUUCAUUCUGUUAUACGUAAGCUUGCUAUGGGUUGGAACUGACUAGACAGCAAUUAACAGCAACAAGAAAACUUUGCCAUUCCAUACAUACCUGGGUCGAAUCUAUGAACCGUAUUCAGCUCUGGAGUGGAUCCCUUGGAAAAGCUUCCCAGGUGAUUCUGAUAUGCAUUCCACUUGGAAUUACUGCAACUGGCUGCAACUUUUUGAAAAUGGGAACUUCAGAGUCUUCCACAGUCCCUUGAAGAGGACUUUGCAUAUAGUAGGCACUCAGUAGUUGCUUGUUGAAUAAAGUAGCUACUAAUUUAGUACUCAGCUGAAAACUUUACAUAAACAUAAAUUAUAAAAUGCUUUAUAUUUUCCCCUUUGGUUCCAGCUGCAGCUUCAAAGAUCUAUUUGCCAUUGGGUGGCCAGCCUUAGAGAAGUUUAGCUUGGCCAGGGAGGAACAAGGACCUAGUUUUAAAAAUGAAUCCAGUAGCACCUGCUGGAGAGGAGCGGGCUGUGCACCAGGGAAGGGAUAAAGUUCUUGUGGACUUGCUAACCAAUAGGACAGCCAUUCAUUCAUCUCUGAUAAAAGAAACGGCAAAUGGAAGGAGAUAAUGAGAUAGUUUGUGGGUUCAGAGGUAGGCCUAUGGGCCUUUUGUCAAACUAAUUAUUCAGCACCUCUUCAAAGUGAUAUUAUUAAAGUAUUUAUUCAACAUUUAAUUAGAGAACAGACUGAGCCCAGAGAGCAGGAAAGCAGAAGACACCCACUCACACACCCACUUGGCCAAACCAAAGUACCACAGAGUUUGAAUGCACCCUUCUUAGAAGGCAGGUUUGGGGUUAUGUGGCGUAGUGGGUGGAAACCCUGGUGGCACAAUGGUUAAGUGCUAUGGCUGCUAACCAAGAAGUCAGCAGUUCAAAUCCGCCAGACGCUCCUUGGAAACUCUAUGGGGCAGUUCUACUUUGUCCUAUAGGGUCGCUAUGAGUCGGAAUCGACUUGACGGCAGUGGGUUUGGUUUUUGGUUUUACCACCACAAAGCUUGUUCCUUGAAAGGCUGACUCCACCCUCUCUUCAUCCCAUCCCAUUCCUUCCCAUCCCAAAAUGCUUAUCCAAGUAUUUAUUGCAACACAUACAGCCACCUCCCUGGAGCGUUUUAUUAAAUACAAUCAUGUCCAUUUCUUUACAUUUCUAGCCAUGUUUUGGUAUCCCCAAAGACUAGCUCUAGGACAAUCCUUAAUCAGGAGUCUUCUCCUAAUCUAGAUCCUUAAGAAUCCAAGGAAAGAGGCACAAAGGAAGAGAAGUAUGGAUGGGAAGACCGAGGGAGUGUUCAGGAGACUGCUGAAAAUGAGCAGCCAGAGAGCUGCACAUGAGUGGCCAAACUCUGCAAGACAUUCUUUGACCACAACACUUGCUGGCCACAAACCUCCUGCCCUUCUCUUCCCAUGACCCACUAAAACUACUGUUCGACUUCAGCUGGACCCUUCCAGGCCAGUCCCAUCAUCCAGUCAAAAACAAGUGCCUUGGCAGGGCUACAGACCUCUUGCCACUUCUGGAACGUAAAAAAAUCCACAGCAUUUCCACCGCCUGGCUCCCUCAGAUAAAAUCAGGAAGAAAGGACCUCGCUGAUCUCUGCACAGGAGCAUGUCUCCCAGUUCAGGAAUCCCCAGACCUCUGGUGGCCCCAGCUAGACUGGAAGUUCCUCAGGGCACAAAUCCAGUGUUUCGCGUUUCUAGAAACUCCUUCAGUACCCAGAAAUGUUUGUGGUUAGUUGAGUGAGUGAACACAAGACUUUUUUUUUUUUCUGUUCUAUUUUCUCUUUUCACACUUGCCUACAUUACAUCUUCUGGUCAACACCAGGUACCCACCCAGUAGGCUUCCCAAGAACCUCGUCUCUAGGAUCCCCCAGCCCUAACAUCUCCUGGUUCAUUUGGAGUUAAUCUUUGCUGAAUUCCUGAAAGCUCUCAUUUGUAAAAUCUGCCUAUGAUGGGACAAAGAGGCCUGGAGUAUGGAAAGUCCAAUAGAACAGAUCCCCAAAGUAAACUAAAAAGGGUCAUGAGAUUGGAGCCCUGGACUUAUACCCCAAGUCUAAGCUCUUUUACUUAGCCACUGUGUUCUUGGGGGAGUCCCUGGAUUGUGCAAAUGGUUAACAAGCUCAGCUGCUAACUGAAAGGUUGGAGGUUCAAGGCCACCCAGAGGUACCUCAGAAGAAAGAUCUGGAGAUCUACUUCCAAAUAAUCAGCCAUUGAAAACCUUCUGGAGCACAGCUCUACUCUGACACACAUGGGGUUGCCCUGAGUUGGAAUCGACUUGAUGGCAACUGGUUUUGGUGACCUGGGCUUCAGUUUCCUCAUCCAUAAAACUGCAGAGAUGCCAAUAAUCCAACAACACAGACUCUACUCAUAUGAUGGGGUAUGUGUGAGAUCAUGUAUAUAAAAAUACUUAUUUUAAACCAUUCAGGCUCAGACAAAUAUGAAUUACUGACAUAAUCAUCUCAUAAAAACAGAAAGCCUCGCUUUAUUUUAUGCACAAAUUAAAGAUCAGCAUGUAUCGAUUUACCUCUGACUUGUUAUGCUCCCUCAUUUCUACCCUAGAGCAUUAUAAUUCCUAAUCUCUAUUUAUGGGGUAUCUGGGUUAGGACUUGGGGUAAAGGAAAAGAUACAGAAGGGGGAUUGGAGAAAAAAGUCUGUGUGGCUCAAGAUGAUGGGAAACUGGCUCGAUUAAAAUCUUAGGCAAAAUUGCCCAGGAGGCUAAGACUGUCUUAGUGCUCCAUGGCUCCGUUUUCUGUCCUCCAUCUCUUCCCUGGCCUGAUAUGCAAGUCUUCUGUGUUUUUUCUGUCUUCUGACCCAUUUGUGUCUGAAAAAGGACCUUCCAGAAAUAUAGCCCUCCAACUGGAAGGAAUACUACUGCUUCCUGGCGGGAAUUUCAGGCAUCCUGAAGGGAGGUACUUUGGAAUUUAAGGGGAAAGUUUGGGAAGGGGAAGAACGGUUAUCCUAACUCCUCAUCAAGUUACGCUGACUAUAGAGCUCUCUUCUCCACUUUGGGACUAGCUCAGAUUUUAGGUGUGGGGUUGUCGCAACCUCCUAAUACACCCCCACUGGCCCCUUCACAAAAAGAAGUUUGGCCAGAGGAACCAAAGGAGGCCAAGGUUAGCCCAGUUCCUUGACUUUGACAAUUUCAGAAAAUCAGUUUUGAACAUCUCUCAUGCUUAGAGGAAGAAAUGGGCAUACGAUGGGCAUAAGGAAUUGGGUGAUUGUAGGUGAUCGUGGGGGAUGAGACAGGAGUGCAGACAUCCAGGUGGUCCCUUGGUCACAUUUGUGGAGUGCUUCUCUGUGCAAGGGCAGUACAAAGCCCAGGUUGGGGCAGGGGGGAGCGUGGUGGGAGGAGACCACAAACAUGAAUGAGGCUCAUUUUCAUGUUGGCCACCCUCUGGUUAUUCUCAUUCAGGGAAAUGUUUCCAUAAUAUUACUCCAAUCCCAAGAAAUCCUGUUUGUUUUCCAAAAUGACAUGAUGGAAAAAAAAUGACAUAGCUUGAUUAUCUACACAGCUGAAGAUGCACACGAACAUGUCAUUAAAACUAUUCCAAAACAUUUUGCAAUGAACUUUGAGUUUGAGGUAGGAAGUACCCACCACCACUCUGGUUAUAACUGUUU